AUGCUGCAUCGCCUCGCUUUCUCCCAAUCCCAAAAUUACCAGGACCGCCGCGUGCAUUCCCUCGAACAAAUAUCAAUCCCCUCCCUCCCCCUCCUCUCCUACUUUCUCCUCUUCUCUCCUUCUUCAUCAUCAGUUCGCAACACGCCUCAUACUCACGUCCCACGCUCCCAAUUCACUCCAAACUGCUUAGCCGCCUCAGCAGCUUCACAACACAACUCUACCAACAUGACGGAACCUCUCAGCAAAGUUGACUCGGCCGUUCAGGGCCUUUCGUCGUCGCCGCCCAAGGAUAAAGGCCAUAGAAGAGCCAGCUCUGCCGCGGCACCCGGUGUCUACAACGUCAACGACCUAGAAAAGGACGGUGUUGAACUCGAAAUUGCCAUUGAAACGCAAAAAACAGGCUGGAAAAUCAACAAGAGCUCGUCGACGGUAGAUGAACCUAGCAUCCUCAAGCUCCACCUUACGAAGCCUCCCGUCAAGAAAAUUGACCUACACUUCCCCCUUGGCCUGGAAGUCACCGCCCGCAACCUCAAGGGUGUCACCAUCAAGGAUGCUCUAGACGCCAUCUACAAGUCUUACAAGAAGCGGGCCGACGACGAGCUCGACAAGCCCUAUCUUGCCGGCUUUGAGUGGGAUAAGGAGGAGUCAUGGACGCGUUUGGUUGUCCACCUCCAGAAGGAACCCAGCGCCACGGGCGGCUUCGGCGGUGGUGGCAAGAAGAAGAAGAACAAGAAGGAGGAAGAGUAA